AUGGUGUUUCGAAUGCUGGAUGAGUUUACCCAGCCAGAUGUCUGGACUCCUCAGAGCUGGCGAAAAUGUCCGAUAAUCGCUCAGGACAUCGAUUAUAAAAACCCCAAAGCACACGACGAUGUUUGCAACACGAUCGCUUCACUGCCGCCACUGGUGAGCCCAAUUAAGAUCGAGCUGGCCCGACAACACUUUGCGGCGGCUGCUCUAGGGCAGGCAUUCAUCUUCCAAGGCGGCGACUGUGCGGAGAGCUUUCAGGAUGUGAGGCCGUCGGUCGUGCAGCAAAAGGUGAAGCUGCUGCACGAACAGUCGCAUCUAAUCAGCGACAUGCUGCAGCUGCCCGUGUUAACAGUGGGGAGGAUUGCAGGGCAGUAUGCCAAACCGCGAUCUGCCCCCACUGAGACGCUUCCCAAUGGCUCGCAGGUGUACAGCUUCCGUGGGGAGAACGUCAAUGGCAUGCAUGUGCAUGACCGAGAUCCCGAUCCUAACCGUCUCCUGCUGGGAUACUUCUAUGCGCGGGCGACCCUAGACCUCAUGGAAUCGUGUCCAUCCCUGCCCGGUCCCCCGUCGGGUGCCAUGGUUCCGGAUCGCGACCUGUUGGCCAACGACCUCCUGCAGGAGCUGGGCCAGAGGAAGGGGCCUAUCUUCACCUCACACGAGGCGCUGCAUCUGCCCUACGAGAGUGCACUUACGCGCGGCCGCUACAACACCUCUGCCACCUUCAUCUGGAUUGGCGAGCGCACUCGCCAACUCACCGGCCCUCACAUUGAGUAUAUUCGCGGCGUCCGCAACCCAAUCGGAGUCAAGAUAGGUCCGAGUAUGCAACCACAGGAGCUGACUGAGCUCCUCGACUCCCUUCUUGAUCCACGGGACGCGGCAGGAACACAGGCGGGUCGAGUGACGUUGAUUACACGACUGGGUACUGACCGCGUCGACACAGUGCUUCCAGCUCUCAUUGACGCCGUCCGAAAAGCAGGGCACAGACCGGUGUGGAUGUGCGAUCCCUGCCAUGGCAAUACCAAAAGCACGCCGUCCGGAACCAAGACCCGGUGUGUGGAUACGAUCGUGCGCGAGAUCCUCCAGACGUACCAUGUACAUCAAGUCCACGGGUCCUUCCUGGGGGGCCUUCAUCUUGAACAGACUGGUGAAUUUGUCACGGAGUGCGUGGACAGUUGGGAUACAUACUCCGAGGAGGAGCUGACGCACAAUUAUCGGACUCUUUGUGAUCCGCGACUGUCUUACAUGCAGGCCUUAACCGUCGUUCGGUCGUUUCUCGAUCAUGUCCGUCCACUUAAGUCGAAGGCGAACGGACACCGGUAG